UUUAUUAACUCUGUUAUUUACACAAUUGGUUUAAAGACCUUUGUUCGCAAACCACUUCUGCUUGGUUCGUGUCUUGCAGUUAUAAAAAAAUCUUUGUACAGGUAACAUAUUCGACUGAAACCGUUUACUAAAGUGCUUGUGAAAAUAUCUUGGGCAAUGACUACUUUUGACGAUCUCUUGGUAGAAGUAGGAGAGUUUGGUGUUCACCAAAAGACAAUUUUCUUUCUAACCUGUUUAGCAACAACAAUGUUCCCGUAUUUGUAUGUUGGAAUUGUUUUUCUAGCUUUUACCCCCAACCAUUGGUGCAGGGGUCCCGGAGUGGCUGAGCUGAGGAAUGAAUGUGGUUGGUCCCUCGAAGAAGAAAGGAAUUAUACGGUGCCUCCUGACAGUGUUGACAACUCCUCGUUCAGUCGUUGUGAGAGAUAUGAUAUAAAGUGGAAUGCCACUUCAUUCAGCUGCGAAAAUCCACUUUCAUUUCUCCAAAAUGCUUCAGUGGAACUACCGCUUACAAUGUGCGAGGAUGGAUGGGUUUUCGAAGAAGGAUCCUUCCCGAGCAUUGUGACAGAGUUUGGACUAGUGUGUGCUGAGGCUUGGAAAGUGGACCUGUCCCAGUCUUGUCUAAACAUGGGAUUUAUGCUUGGAACAAUAUUCCUCGGUUUUGGAGCAGACAUAUAUGGCAGAAAAAAAUGCUACUUGUUUUCCAUAUUUACAACCUCAGUUGCUGGACUCGCUGUGGCAUUUGCACCAAGUUACCUUUGGUUCAACAUCUUCCGCACUCUGCAGGGAUUGUUCAGCAAGGGUGGUUGGCUGAGUGCCUAUGUCUUAAUUACAGAAAUUGUUGGAAUGGAAUACAGAAGAACAGUGGGGAUUUUGAACCAGAUGUGCUUCAGUCUUGGGAUGAUACUACUUGCUGCUGUUGCUGUUUUCAUACCAGCCUGGAGAAAUCUGCAGCUGGUGGCGACCAUACCAUGCUUUGUCUUCCUCACCUACUAUUGGCUGAUUCCAGAAUCUCCAAGAUGGUUGCUGUCUCGACAGAAAUAUGACGAGGCCCAAAGAAUUCUACAGAAUAUGGCAAAAAGGAAUAAAAAGCAUAAUUUCUCGACAGAUAUUAAGGCAGUUCAAAUUGAAGAUUGUGUUGAAGCAUUGAAGAGUCCCUCAGUUAUAGACUUGGUAAAAACGCCGCAGAUAAGGAAGCAUACUCUUAUUCUGAUGUUCAAUUGGUUUGCUAGUGCUGUGGUGUAUCUCGGACUUGUCAUGCGUUUGGGGAUUAUGGGAGGAAACGUUUACAUCAAUUUCUUUAUCUCAGGAGCUGUGGAGCUACCAGCCGCAAUCAUCAUUAUUCUUCUCAUUGACCGAAUAGGACGUCGCUAUCCCUUUGCAGGAGGCAAUUUCCUGGCAGGAGCAUCUUGCUUGAUAACCGCCUUCAUCCCUGAUGAUCAAUACUGGCUGAAGGCAGUAAUCUCAUCUUUUGGCAAACUAGGGAUUACGGUCGCCUUUUUAAUGGUCUGUUUUGUAAAUACCGAAUUGUAUCCAACAUUUUUAAGGAACUUUGCAAUUUCAGUGUGCUCAGUACUGUCUGACUUUGGGGGUAUUGUAGCACCAUUCCUUCUGUAUAGGUUGGCAGCUAUCUGGAUAGAAAUGCCCCUCGUGGUUUUUGCAGUGAUUGCUAUGAUUGCUGGUGCACUAGUUCUGUUUCUACCUGAAACCAUGGGGGUUACCUUACCAGAGACCAUUGAAGAAGCAGAAACCAUUGGACGAGAGAAGAAAACAGCCCCAAAGGCAACCUAUGAGCUGGUUGCUGUACAUCCUUCGGCAGAAACAAGUAAUGACAAGUAACCUGCUUCAGAGAAGAUUGUAACUUCCUGAAUUAGAUUAAUGUGUUCAAAAGUACUAUUGAGAUUAUUUAACAGUCAAUGAUUUGUAAUAAUGUGUUCACAACAUUCAAGUCUUGCAACAUCAAGUCCUAUUGAAAAAAAUCACUCACUUCAAUUUUAUUGUAAUCACAAACAUUGGAGCUUAAAGGUUUUGAUUCUGUUCACUGUAUGUAGAAUCCUCACAUAGAAGUAUACAGCACAGAAACAGACCCUUUGGUUCAACUUGUUCAUGCUGACCAGAUAUCCUAAAUUCAUUGAGUCUCAUAUGUCAGGACUUGGCUCAUGUCCCUCUAAACCCUUCUUAAUUGCAUUCAAUUCCAGAUGCCUUUCAAAUUUAAUUAUACCAGGUUCCACCACUUCUUCUGGCAGCUCAUUCUAUACACGCACAAACCUCUGUGUGAAAAAGUUGCCUCUUAUGUCCCUUUUAAAUCUUUCCCCUCGCACCUUAAACCUAUACCCUCUCGUUUUGGACUCCCCUACCGUGGGAAAAAGACCUUGACUAUUCUCCAUAUCAGUGUCCGUCAUGAUUUUAUAAAUUUCUGUAAGGUCACCCCUCAGCCUCUGACACUCCAGGGGAAAUAGCACCAGCCUAUUCAGCCUUCCCCUAUAGCUUAAACUCUACAGCCCUGGCAACAUCCUUGUAAAUCUUUUCUUAACUCUUCCAAAUUUCAAACAUCUUUCCUAUAGCUGGGAGACCGGAAUUGAAAACAAUAUUCCAAAAGUGGCAUAAACAAUAUCCUGUACAGCUGACCUCCCAACUCCUAUACUCAAUGCACUGACCAAUAAAGGCAAGCAUACCAAAUACCUUCUUCACUACCAUGUGUCAUGUAAGGUUAACGGAAGUGGUUUAGUAAUUUGCAGUGUCUGUAUACAGUCUUGAGCAGAUAAGGACUGCCUCACCCCAUGCACUGUGUGAUUGGGAUAUUUGUGGAUCUCUAACAGAUACAUUUACCUGACAUAAGAAUGGACCACAAUGGCUGAUCUUUGUACAACAGAAAGUUUUAUGAAUUAAAAAGAAGUGUUUGAUUAUGUCAA